UGCAGAGCUAAGGGAGAACAGUCUUGCUGUUGGUAGAGUCUGUUAAUUGAAAGCAUGUUGGCUACCAAGCUGUCCCGGCCUCUCCUGAACUCUGUAAAAGCCCUGAAUUUCAAGAACCCAGGGAAUGGCAUCAGGCCUGUGCAAAGAUUUUGCUUCCCUCUCUUGUCCCCAUAUGGCAACCGCUCUUAUGCAAGUGAAGUCGAUCAGAUUGGCAGCAGAGCUGUGCUUAUAACAGGUUGUGACUCAGGGUUUGGAUUUGCCUUGGCCAAGCAUCUGCAUACCAAAGGCUUCAUUAUUUACGCUGGCUGCCUGCAAAAGGACAAGGGACAUGGUGGCUCCAAGGAUCUGGACAACAUGAACAGUGAUCGCAUGAGAACUGUCCAGCUCAAUGUCUGUGACAGCAAAGAAGUGGACCGAGCAGUGGAGCAUGUGAAUAACAGCCUGGAGGACCCAGAGAAAGGGCUCUGGGGCUUGGUUAACAAUGCUGGGAUCUCCACAUUCGGGGAAGUAGAGUUCACCAGCAUGGACACCUACAUGGAGGUAGCUGAAGUGAAUCUGUGGGGGACUGUGCGAACCACCAAGGCUUUCCUCCCGCUCAUCCGGAGGUCAAAGGGUCGUGUGGUGAACAUCAGUAGCAUGAUGGGUCGGAUGGGCAGUCCUGCCCGGUCACCGUACUGUAUCACCAAGUUUGGCGUGGAAGCCUUCUCCGACUGCCUGCGGUAUGAAAUGCAGCCCCAGGGAGUAACGGUCAGCAUCGUGGAGCCUGGCAAUUUCAUAGCUGCCACCAACCUGUACAGCCCCGAGCGAAUCAAGGCCAUAGCCGACAAAAUGUGGGAUGAGCUCCCUGAGAUAGUGCGCAAAGACUAUGGCAGGAAAUACUUCGAUGAGCAGGUCAGCAAGAUGGAAACGUACUGCAACAGCGGCUCGACAGACACCUCGCCGGUCAUCGAAAGUGUCGCCCAUGCGCUCACCUCCACGACCCCCUACACCCGCUACCACCCCAUGGAUUACUACUGGUGGCUGCGCAUGCAGAUCAUGACGCACAUGCCUGCUGCCAUUUCAGAUCGUCUCUAUGUCUAUUGAGGCUCCUAGGCUAUCCAGGUGGGAAAUUUGUUUUAAAGAGAGCAUUGUACACACUUCCCAUUAGUCAUUUUUAAAUUUUUCUAACCUCAUUUCAGAGUACUGUAUUUUAGCUCUAAAAGGUUCAUUUGAACAUCUGACGUAACCUAAAGGGCAGUAAUUUGCAAGGGAUGCUUCAUAGGCAGGAAUACAUUAUGUUUGUGCAGGGACAUUGAUUCUUUGCUAUUUAUUUCAUGUAAAUUUUUUUUUCACCUCAAGUGUCAAGUUAAAAUCAUUAUUUAAACUGUAAUUGCUCUGAAGUGUUUUCAGAAUAAUUUCUGCUGAUGGCUGAACACAAUCUUCACAAUUCCUGCCUAGGAUGCAGCCUUCACACCAUAAAUCAGAGUCCCUCCAUGCUGUAACAGUAAACCACUGCCUCCUGAUGACAAAGAGUAUCCAACAGACUUUUCCAGGCCUGGUCACAGUAGCCCAAGGCAGAGCAGAGACUUCAUUAAUUUGGGGAUCAGAACUCAAAAUGCUCGAAGUGCUGAAACUGAGCAACUAACCCUGUCCUUUUCUCUCUUAGAAUUAUACUGAUGAAACCUUAGAGAAAAGGAACCAGUCUGCUUUUCUUGCAUGCUUUCUUGCAAAGGAGUUCAACAAUCCAGGGACUCAAUCCUGCAGACCUUUCCCACAGAAGUUUCCUACUCAUAUGAGCAUUCCCAUGAGUGUGAGCAGCUUUUACGCACAG